ACGGGAAGUGGAUCCCGCCUACCCAAAUAUCUCAAGCUGCAGCAUUUCUGCCUUGGGCUGGUGCCUGGAACUUUCCCUCGAAAAUCAAAGACCAGGGACUUUUCUAAACGAUCUUAUCACGAAGCAACAAGACCAGACCAUUGAUAAUCGUGCAAGACAAUCCUGACCGUGCACCUGUGCUGAACUGUCGACACCGCAUAUUUGCCGGAUAUCUGCUACCUCAGACCCAGCGAAAUAUUUGGUGCCAUCGCUUUGGCGGUUGGUGCUGCUUGAAAGCAGGAUGAUCUCUCAUUCCCAACUCGAUCCUUUACCCAACGACCUUCCUUUCCGGUUUGUCUCAAAGACAAUCGGCCGGGGAGCCUAUGCCUCUAUCAAAAAGGCCGUCCCUCUGGACAGGGACACUCCCGUGUUCGCGGUGAAGUUGAUCCACAAGGGCUAUGCAAUGAAACAUGGCCGCAUAUCGGCAAAGCAGAUCGGAAUGGAGGUGGCGCUGCACUCGCACAUUGGCCAGCACCCCAACAUCAUCGAGUGGUUCGCUACCGGUGAAGACGCGACCUGGAAGUGGAUUGGCAUGGAGUUCGCCGAGGGCGGCGACCUUUUCGACAAGAUCGAGGCCGACGUCGGCGUGCCCGAGGAGAUCGCCCAUCUGUACUUCCUGCAGCUCAUCGGCGGCGUCAGCUUCAUGCACUCCAAGGGCGUUGCCCACCGUGACCUGAAGCCCGAGAACAUCCUGAUGUCGGCGUCUGGCGAUCUGAAGCUGGCCGACUUUGGAAUGGCCACCCUGUUCGAGCACAAGGGCCAGAAAAAGCAGAGUACAACUAUGUGCGGCAGCCCGCCGUACGUCGCCCCGGAGGUCCUGGAUGUGUCCAAGAACGACAGACGGAACCCGCAGCAGGUGUUCAAGUACUCGGCCGACAUCGUCGACAUCUGGUCCUGCGGCGUGAUCCUGUUCGUGCUGCUCGUCGGCAACACGCCAUGGGACGAGCCCACGUCGACCAGCUGGGAGUUUGGCGAGUACAUCAGGACCAACGGCCGCAGCACCGACGCGCUCUGGGAGAGGAUACCGUCGGCCGCGCUGUCGUUGCUGCGCGGCAUGAUGAACGUCGACCCGAGCAAGCGCUUCUCGUUUGCGCAGAUAAGGCAACAUCCGUGGUUCACGCAGCACAAUAGUCUCCUGACCGCCGACGGCUGCGUCUCGGACCCGAUCCACCUCGCGACCCAGAUGAUGAAGAACCUGCACAUCGACCUGUCCCAGGCACCCACCCUCUCGCAGAGACAGGCGCUCGCCGAUGCUCAAGCGAUGGACGCCGAUGGAGCCGAUCCCUGGGCCGCCAAGUUCUCGGCCACGCAACCAGAGGCGCCCAUAACCGAUGCCCUAUUUGACUGGGAGCGGCCGACGCUCCGGACCAUAGGCGCCAUGGACAUGCCGUCGACACAGCCGGUUCGAGGGCGUGGCAGUAGCACGACUAGUUUUUCGCAGGCUACCCGCGGCCGGGCCGAGGUUUUGGACAUAUUGUCCGAGGAGCCUUCGAUGAGCCAGUUCGCGUCGACCCCUGGCGUGCCCAUCAGCCUCACGCAGCGCGCCAGGCAGUUCCGCGACAUUGUGCCGGCCUACUCGCUCACGCGCUUCUAUUCGCACAUCCCGCCCGGGCUUCUGGUUCAGAAGCUCAGCGACGCCCUGCAUCAGCUCAACGUCCCUCUCCCCGCCCAGCCCGCGCCCACCGACACCAACCGGAUCGCGCCAGUCAAGUUCAAGGCCCUCGAUGGACGCGGCCAGAGCCUUCACGGAGACAUCAUGAUCGACAAGAUCAUCAUCGAGGGAGACCACGAACUGCUCGAGGUCCGCUUCGUCAAGACAAAGGGCGACCCUCUCGAGUGGAGACGAAUGUUCAAGAAGAUUGCGCUCCUGUGCAAGGAUGCGAUAUUCAACAGCGAAGCCUAGAAGGCUCGCGAUUGUAUACCUUCUUCUUUCGAGCACACCUCAUCCCCCAUGGACGAGGACCAAUGCCCACCAUCGGCUCAGAAAGACUGAAGCGACACGACGGCUGUGUCGGCCGCGGCUCAAUGCACUAUUGGUAGCGACAGCGCAUCAUCCAUGGGCCAUGUAUGGAGCUACUUUGGCGAUUGUUAUUUCUAGAUAUGCGUAGAGAUUUAUACCGCAACGAGAAUGGUCACGGCAGCCCAUGAAUGUUUCUUGCCUAGAGUGUUUAAACCCCUGAGAUGUGAGGUCAUCGCAGGACCAGGGGGAUGGAGAUCCCUGUCGGAUCGCGCUGCACGGUAAAUUUUGGCGGGGCAAUGCCCCUCGAGUCACGGAUGAUGCGAACGGACAGCCA